CGAGACUGCCCUCACCUCCUUUCUGGCGAGUCGAAUCGCCUUUCAUCCUCCAGCUCGAGCUCGCGAUUCUUCCCAUGGAGCCCUCCUCGGUCCUCUGCCACCGCCCGGCUCCCGGCCCCAGCUCCGCUUGCCAGCGCCCUCCAGGGCCAGGUGCUGCGCAGGGGUGGAUUCAAGCACCUUGGCGCUGUCCAGCUGCCCUGAAGCUGACAGAAAUCUGGAAGCUUCCUGCGCCCCGCUCCCCCGCGGGUAGGAAGGGGCCAGGGCCUGGGUCUGCCCGGUGCGGGCCACGUGCGGCUGGAAAGAUCUCCUGUGGACCUGCCUCCACCCGCUGGACAAGGACCACUCUGGGUCACUGGGGCGUGCACUGCGGUCCACACGCCCCUCCGCCCCUGGCAUUUCACUUGGUCUGGGGAGCCCUUUACCCUCAGGAACCCAUCAUGGCACGGCAGAGGCCAGUUCCCACAGAGGAGACCUCCACAGCCUGCUCAGCCUGGUGCAAGAAUGCCACGCAGGAGAUGGUGUGGCAAUACAGCCUCGGGUGUAGAAGGCAGAAAACUCAUUCUCCCACCACCUCACCCCACAGUGAAGGCUCCAGCUCCACUGUGCCAGGUUUGAAUGUCGCAUCACCCUCUGGCAAAUGUGGCUGCCUCUGCAGUUCUCACUGCUGCUCAGGAGCCAGCAAAUGGGAGUGA